AAUUGUAGUAGGAUGAAAGUAUUGCGCAUUUCUGUAGCUUCAAUGUGUCGUGAGGUGAAUACUUGAUGGCGAAGAUGUCAGAGUCCGUACAUCACAGAAUUGGAUGAUGAGAAUCCGGUCUCCAUGCGUAAGGUUCUAUUUCUGGACAUAUCGCAUUGCAGAAUGCGAUCAACAACCUAGUCGCUCCUGCUUGAGAGACCAACAGACGUGCCUUUGCACGAUUAUCUUCAAAAUUCGGCAGACCUUGCCCAGGAUCGCUACUGCCUCAGGCUCUCUUAGUGUUGUGGUUCUUCUUAUCAAGUUAAUUGUGCAUUCUCACAUUGCUUCUGGGUGAUUGCAAUGGAUGGGCGGAGGUGACGCACUCGUACAAGAGGUUCGCAAACAA